UCUACAGAGCGGAGCACGUUCACUUUACACUUUAUCUGUGAGAAAACUUGGAGUUUUAAUGUUCUGAUAGAUUUGAAAGAGGCUUUAAGUAUACUGGAGUUCGGACCCAUAUUUCCAGAUGUUAGUCCACACCUACUCGACCAUGGACCGUGCCGACGGGCUUUCGAGCUCCUCUCCGAGCGGCCGUCUCUCUCAGCUUUCCUCGCUAAACCAGGCUGCCUAUUCCUCGGCUCCCCCUCUCUGUCACGCUCCGGCCUCUGACUUCCAGCCGCCCUACUUUCCACCUCCAUACCCCCAGUCCUCGCUUUCUUACUCCCAGAGUCAAGACACCGGAUAUCCGCACUUAUCGGAUCCCUAUCCGUCCAUCAACUCUCUCCAUCAGCACCAGCAGGCAGCGUGGCACUCUCAGCGCUCGCGCUCGGAGGACGCGGGGCUUCUGUCGCAGUCACAUCGGGCGCUGGGUUUAGACCCGCGGCGGGAAUAUCCGGGCGUACCGCGGCUGCUCCAUCAUCAUGGACUGGGAGAAGGAGCAGCUGGGCUGGGAGAAGGCCCUCUGGGAAUGCACGCAGUGGGUCAUCACGGUCUGGACGACAUUCAAGGUAUGGAAGAAGCCUCAGCUUUGGGAAUCCUGGAUCAUUCUGUUAUCAAGAAAGUUCCUGUCCCUUCUAAGUUAAAUGGCUCAAUGGUCUCUGCCUUGUCCUUCACUAAAGAGGGACUCGGCUUGGGUGGUGUGUCCAACCCUGCAGAAGUUUUCUGCUCUGUUCCUGGUCGCCUGUCCCUCCUUAGCUCCACCUCCAAGUACAAGGUCACAGUCGGAGAGGUGCAGAGGCGCCUGGCCCCACCUGAAUGCCUCAAUGCCUCGCUGCUUGGAGGAGUCCUGCGCAGAGCCAAAUCAAAAAAUGGAGGCCGCUGUCUGCGAGAACGUUUGGAGAAGAUUGGACUCAAUCUGCCCGCCGGUCGCCGGAAGGCAGCCAAUGUCACACUCCUCACAGCUCUGGUGGAAGGUGAGGCAGUUCACCUCGCACGGGACUUUGGGUAUGUGUGCGAGACCGAGUUUCCUGCCCGGGCCACAGCAGAGUAUCUGUGCAGACAGACAGACCCAGAUCAGUUGCCCACACGACGCAGUAUGCUGCUGGCCACAAAGGAGAUUUGCAAGGAGUUCGUGGACAUGAUGUCACAGGACAGGUCACCGUUGGGUGGCAGUCGCCCCACCCCCUGCUUGGAGCCCGGGGUGCAGAGCAGCCUGACCCACUUCAGUCUCCUCACCCAUGGUUUCGGCACGCCCGCCAUCUGCGCCGCCCUGUCGGCCUUCCAGAGUUACUUGCUAGAGGCCCUAAAACUGAUGGAAAAAGGAGAGGGAGGAGGGAAGGGCCACCACGACAAAGAACUGAAGCACCGUAAAUGAACAAUUCGGAGAGAGACAGUCCUCCCUCACUUUUAGGAGUGUAUGAGUGUAUUUAUGUGUAUGAAUGUGUGCUCUUCUGCCGAUUCAUAUCUGGGCUCAUUUAUCAGUCCUCCACAAGAUUUCGAGACACAAGUUUUAUGGACUAGUUUUAUUUGUCUGAUGAAAUCUGGGGUCUCCCGAGAGCUGCAGAAAAUGCCACAAUUCUUGAUACGUGCCACAUGUGGACAACAAACUCCCUCCGGAUCUUUGGUGACGAGAUGACUGACUUGUACAAGGCCUACAUGGGGUCUCUAUGUGUUCUCUGGAGACCGCAGCCCAGAAACCAAUCAAAUGAAAAGAAAGAUGGUACAGACUAUUAAGAAUGAGGGUGGUAAAGUAAAUUAGGUUUUGACAAAUUCAUUUGAAAAAUUCAUUUUGUACUUCAUGUUGUAUGUUUAUUAUCAAUGUUACUGUUAUUCUUAUUGCUGUAUUGCAAUGUAAAUGUAAUAUAUUAUUAAAGCAAAACAAACAAAUGUAUGCAACUGCCCUAGAAUGUGAAUCUUAAACAUACAGCGGGGUCCAAGAUCUAAGGCACAUCCACACUAAUCAGUUUUCUAACAUCGUUUUUCAAUGUAUGCGGUAAUGGAGAGCGUUUUCGAAAUAUUUCAGAGAGGUAUAAACGUUAGCAAAAAUCAAUGCGUUAUUAUCAGCAUAGACAAGUUUGAGCAAAACUUGAUCCAUUAGCAGAGUAUCUGUGCAGACAGACAGACCCAGAACAGUUGCCCACAAGACGCAGUAUGCUGCUGGCCACAAAGUGAGUACUAGUGAUAGCAGUAGGGGUUAUAUCACACUUAGUGAGUGGUGGUGGCGGAGUGGGCUAAAGCACAUAACUGGUAAUCAGAAGGUCGCUGGUUCUAUCCCCACAUGACUUGAGAAUAUUUUCCUAAAUACCUAGGUGGUUUUUAUUGUGUAUAAAUUGACUUGGUGGUGUGGUACAAAUCUAGCGUGAU